AUGUUGUUGUCGAUUUUUUCUACGCUCGUCCUUACGUUUGCUACACUAGCGAAAGCGUCAGUUACCUCAUUGGCUCUACCAGGACUUGGGCAAAAUGGACUACAAGGAGAGGUGGUAGGCAAAGGAGCAAAUGGCACCACGUAUGUGCUGUCUGGGUCAUUCACAGCCUUGACUACUCCAUUUACAAUGACUGUCGUAGAAGAUGCAACGCAUGUCGUUGAAACCGCCGUACUCAAAAGCGCUGAGGUCCUUGAGGUCGACUGUAGCCUGUCUGGCAAGAAUGCAGUUUGUACCCAGAAAGCUAUUAUUCAAUCAUCCACAUCUGCAACGACCAUAACAAGCACCAUCGACUUCCUGCGGGUCUCUGUAUCAUCCGGUACACCGAGCCGGACGUCACAUAGCACGACCACAAGCGCAGCGUCGGGCAGUGGAAGCUCAACACUGCCUCCAAGUAUCUCGGCGUCUACUACUAGCACAACCUCUACAACCGCGUCCUCCACUUCCUCAGGUGGAGCAGGCGGUUCCGGAAACACCUCAGAUGCUUUGCAAAAUGCACGUAUUGCGUUCGGGUUGGCGCUUCUUGCUUUUUUGGCGAGUUUGGUUGACGUUUAA